CUUUCGUCCAAUCAGCUCCGGGCUUCUCCAGACGGGACAGUCUUCCGGCUGGCCAAUCGCGACGCAGAGAUCCUAAGGAAGCUUGGGGUGAAAGAACUAAUAAAUACUCCAGAGCUGAGUUUCCUUUCACUGCAAAUCAAGAACAAGGAGAAAAUCGUCCCCGCCGCCUGCCACUCAAGCCGGGCGAGAUCAAUGCGAGUUUGUCCUAGGGGAAAGGGCCGUCAGUUCGCAGUUUUCUCCAGCCAGCUGAAGCCGUUGCGAAUCCCUCUUUUUCGGGCAAAACUUUUCCCUCCCGCUCUUCUCUCUUUCUCUGCCACAAUUUCGCUCUAAGAUAUCUCUGACAGACAGAGAGGAGAACAGAGCUUCCCUCCCCCCCUUCCUCAAGUUGGACCCCCUCCUUUUCCUCCCCUCCCACGUUUUGAACCCCGAUCUCUCUAGAUUUUAAAUUAAAUCUCCCCCUCCCCCUAUUCUAUGCGGACUUGCUAUCUAUACUGACCUGCCUCCCCCUCCCACCACCCUCAAAGCCCCUUCUCAAUUCUUGGAUACAAUACGUUUAAGAAAGCCAAGGUGCCACUAAAAUGACAACUCUGGGUGGAGCUGUCCCCAGGAUGAUGCGACCAGCUCCCGGACAGAAUUAUCCUCGCAGCGGUUUUCCGUUAGAAGUGUCAACUCCUCUGGGCCAAGGGCGAGUCAAUCAGCUCGGAGGUGUUUUUAUCAAUGGCAGGCCCCUACCCAACCAUAUUCGCCACAAGAUUGUGGAGAUGGCCCAUCAUGGCAUCCGGCCAUGCGUCAUCUCCCGCCAGCUCCGAGUGUCUCAUGGCUGUGUCUCCAAGAUUCUCUGCAGGUACCAGGAGACAGGCUCCAUAAGGCCGGGGGCCAUUGGGGGCAGCAAACCCAAGCAGGUGACGACGCCGGAUGUUGAGAAGAAGAUCGAGGAGUACAAGCGGGAGAACGCAGGCAUGUUUAGCUGGGAGAUCCGGGACAAAUUGCUGAAGGACGCCGUGUGCGACAGAAACACCGUGCCUUCAGUGAGCUCCAUCAGCCGCAUUUUGAGAAGCAAAUUUGGGAAAGGAGAAGAAGAAGAAGGGGAGCUGGAGCGUAAGGAAGCGGAAGAGAACGAGAAAAAGGCCAAACAUAGCAUCGACGGCAUCCUCAGCGAAAGAGCUUCAGCACAACAAUCAGAUGAAGGUUCUGACAUUGAUUCUGAGCCAGAUUUGCCACUGAAGAGAAAGCAACGGCGAAGCAGAACCACUUUCACAGCAGAACAAUUAGAAGAGCUGGAGAGAGCUUUUGAGAGGACUCAUUAUCCUGACAUUUACACCAGAGAGGAACUUGCACAAAGAGCUAAACUCACGGAGGCUCGGGUUCAGGUUUGGUUUAGCAAUCGUCGAGCCAGAUGGAGGAAGCAAGCUGGGGCCAAUCAGUUGAUGGCUUUCAAUCACUUGAUUCCAGGAGGUUUCCCACCCUCUGCCAUGCCAACUCUGCCAACUUAUCAGUUAUCAGAAUCUUCCUAUCAACCUACUUCUAUUCCACAAGCUGUGUCAGACCCAAGCAGUACAGUUCACCGACCUCAGCCUCUUCCACCAAGCACGGUACACCAAAGCAGCCUCCCUUCAAAUCCAGACAGCAGCUCUGCCUACUGCCUACCAACCACAAGGCACGGCUUUUCCAGCUAUACAGAUAGCUUUGUGCCUCCAUCCGGACCCUCAAAUCCUAUGAACCCUGCCAUUGGCAAUGGCCUUUCACCUCAGGUAAUGGGCCUCUUAACUAACCAUGGAGGAGUCCCGCACCAGCCCCAGACUGACUACGCCUUGUCACCAUUAACUGGGGGUUUAGAGCCAACCACCACAGUCUCUGCAAGUUGUAGUCAAAGACUAGAUCAUAUGAAAAGUUUAGAUAGCCUGCCGACAUCUCAGUCAUACUGCCCACCCACAUACAGCACUACUGGUUACAGUAUGGAGCCUGUCCCAGGCUAUCAGUAUGGGCAAUAUGGACAAAGUGCCUUUCAUUAUCUGAAGCCAGAUAUUGCAUAAGGUGAAUGGUCCAUUUCACAUUAAAGUUUGUCUUGGUCCUGGUCUCAGUCCAGUAUUUGGAAUGGAGCAAUCUUCUCACCAAAACGAGGCCCAGAAUGCAGAGAUUGUACUAGUGAUAAAUGGGACUAUUCUUUUCUCAUCAGUGUGUUUGAACACACUCAAUAAGAUGUUUGGACAUGCUGGAUAAAGCAGCUCAGAAAAUAAAGACCACUAACAGUACCACAAAUAAAACAGCUCAGUUCACCAUGACAUUAGCUAAGAACAAAUAAGAAUAAUAGAAGUUUUCACACUGCUAGGCUGAAGUAAGCAUUCCAUUUUUACAUUGAUGAAGAUCCAUGGAUUAACUUGGACAUUGUGGUCUGAGUGCUGCAAAAUUAGAACAUUUUUUUCAAACUUUCAGUGCCGACCUUUGACAGUGCCCAGUUUGCAAAGCAUGGGCUGAAGAACCUUGUUUAACACACUGGAAAAUGACCUUGAAGAAAAAUGUUAAAGUCUGUAGGAUGCUAGACUAGAUGUUUGAAGACUUCCACAAAUAAGUUAUUGGUUAUCUUCUUGUUUUUGUAAUCUUGUUGUUGCUCAGUGUCACAUACAAAAGGACUUUUCUUCAUAACAGCAAAUGACAUAUUUUGUAACAUGAAGAAAAGUUUUGCAAGAUUGUUUGUGUUUGAAAUUUUCCUAGUCAAUGUUACCUCCUGAAAGAAACAAACAAAAAUACAGAAUAACUUUGAUUUCUAUGACUGCUUAACAAUGUGCAAUAUGGCGUACCUCACCAAGCUUUGGCUGCAUCCAAGGCAUUAUAUAUAGAAUUGAAAUUAUAUUUUUUCCAAGUACUUUUAUUUUUACAAUACAUAUUUCACUCUUUUAGUAUAUAGAGGUGUCACAGUUUGCUUCGAUGAUCUCCAUUUUAUUAGAUCAAAAGGGACUUUUGGGGGAAAAUACUACAUUUAAAAUGCUUAUGUUUACAUUAUUUCUAGAAAAUACAGGGCAUAAAUCAUUAUGUCUCUGUAGUUGUCAUGUAAUUUUAAAUUAUAAAAUUGCAUCUUAUAUAAUUCAGUGGAAACCAAGGUUUACAUACAUUUUAUGUUGUGACAUUUCCAAAUGUCAAUAAAUUUGUCUUUUGAAAUGUUAGGAGGGACAGGAAGAUGGCAGGCAGUGUUAUUUAUUUUCUUUAUUCUUGGAAUGGCAAGUGAGGUAGAGCACAAAUUCAUUCCUUUUAGCAUUCAGUUCAAUGAAAUUAGUAAAUUAGUAGGUCUAGAAUAUCGUACAGAAUUUAGUUCACACAUUGGUCUUAAAGAGUGAUUGAACAAAAUACUAUCUUUAUGUUACAUUCUCUAUCAACAACACAUGUUGUAAAAACAAAAAAAAAUCUCAUAUUAAAAAAGCGCAGUAAAUAUUUACUAUUUAUAAUGAAUAAACAGCUAUGGAAACUUGCUAAGCA